CGCAAAACACUCGUCGAAAUCCACAGAGAAAUGCCGCGAAAUGAGCAUCAUCAGAACGAUAUUUUAUAAACUCGCCAUAUUUUGCUCGCGCUCGGUGCGUGGCCGUCGAUCAGUAAAGAAAGAUCCGUAUAUCCGAAAGCUCACAAUCUUUUAUUCAUCUUUAUAUCCUAUACUCUUUUGUCUUGCGAUCUUAUACCCGGUAUCACUUACUGGUUGAUGGAGGAAACGAUAUGCGUUCGACUGCAGAUGAUUAUUCCUCUCCUCUACGAUCUCAUGUCCGCCAAUCAAUGUAUCUUCAUAUUUCGCUGUGAUCAGCUCAUGCGAUGUCUGAAGCACGUCGAGGAGGAUUGGAAAAACGUCCUCAACGCAGAUGUACGAAAUAUUAUGCUGAAAUCCGCGAGGACGGGGAAGCGUCUGAUUACGAUUUGCGGAUUAUUUAUGUACAGCGACCUGAAAAUCUUGAUCGAUUUUAUGAGGAAUCUCGCACAAAUACAAAGGCACGAGGAACGUGAAAUAGAUAAAAAGCUGGCCGAAAUAGUUGAACAUCAAAUGAGAAUACGCAAUUUUUUGCACUUGAUGCAGUGUACCUUGCAGGAGAUAUAUUUGAUGGAAGUAUUGGUGAACAUAAUAACAAUCUGUCUUUUGGUAUAUUUUAUGGUAUGGGACUGGCAAAAUAGAAAUAUAACAAUUUUAUGCACUUAUAUGAUAAGCAUUAUAAACGUAACAAUCCACAUGUUUCUAUUUCGUUAUACUGGUGAACAACUUACUGACCAGGCAGAAAAAGUAGCCACCGUAUCUUGCGAGUUCGAAUGGUAUUGUCUUCCAAACAGAAAAGCACGUAGCUUUAUAUUGUUAAUGAUUAUGUUUAAUGCAACGACCAAAAUUUCUGGAAAAUCGAUCUCUCACUUAAGAUAUGGAGAUGAAGAACAAAGAAUAGAACAAAACAAUUAA